AUGCCGGGGAGCAAAAGCAGUGGCGCCGCCGUGCAUGUGCGGUGCCUUGACUGUGUUGGCAUUGGAACAGCCAACCUCUCUGCAACGAUUGCCUUCUUGGAGCAAGUGCUUGGCAUGGAACACAAGUUCAAGGACUCGCUACACUUUGGCAGAGAUCCGGCGUAUGUGGUCGCGCCAGGCAACAACAGCGCCGUUGCAUUGUGCCCCUCGUCCAGCAGAGACCUCAAGUUCAUCGCGUUUCGCGUCUCAGAGCAAGGCUUUGAGCGUGCAAGGAACGUACUGAGGCAGAAGCAGAUUGAGUUCCGGGUGAAGGACAUUGGCCUUCGACGUGCUCUCUAUUUCCGCGACCCCAUCAACGGAUACGACAUGAUGAAUCUGCUGUUGUCUGCUGUUGUGUUUCUCUUUGAUUGCUCACACCAUCCACUCGCCCAUUCAUGCCACCCUCCCGCUCUCUUCUUGAUCUCCGAUGGUAGCUGA